AUGCCUGGCACUUGGUGUAUUUCAAGAUUCAACAACCAGCAGUUUGCAUCUGGGGGCUACAAUAACAACCAGCAGAAUCGAAAUUUGAUGAAAAGAUAUUCAGAAAUAUUAGCAAGUCUAUCCGAGUUGGCUGAAUCAUCAUUGAGUGACGGUGAAACAGUUACUGUUGCACUUGGACUUCGUAAAAGAAUGAAAAACAUCCGUGUGAUAAUUAGCAUGAAAAUUUUAAAAUUGGUUUAUAAUAUUAUUGGUCCUGUAUCCAAAGCAGUGCAGGGUAUAUCAAUUGACAUAGCGUCUGCAACAGAACUGAUAAAAGACUGCAUUCAUCAGUUUGACAUCAUAAGAAGAAAUGCUGAUUUGACGUGGAAAACAAUAUGCAGUGAAUCGAAAUCAUUCACAACAGCACAUGGCAUCAGCCCAGAUUUUGAUUUUGAAAGACGUCGUACGAAAAAAAAAUGUUUGAUGAACGUUGCAGCGACGAAUGUUCACAACCGUUGUGUUAAGGCUAAUGAAAUAGAAACUGUUUGUAACCAGUAUAGUGUCAACGCAGAGGAUGUUGCAAAUGAACUGAACGAAUUUAAAAAAGCAUACACGUUGCUAAAAAAUGACGAAAAGAUGGAAAACCUGUCUGCAGGUUCAGGUUAUGACUCUGGCAUGGAAAUAUUUUCUGAUAAAUCAGAUGAAGAAGAUGACAAUAACAAUAUGGCAUAUAAAGAAGCCCAAACGAAUGAUACUAAUAAUUGGAAAAAUUGCAGUUUAUUAAACCACUUAAUGUUCUUCAUCAACUAUCUGGUUACUGCAAUUUGCUGA